AUGCAGUGGAAGUCAUUCGUUUUUAUUCUCGCCACUGCCGGGCCGGCUCUGGCCAAAUCCCACGGCCAGCACAAGCACCGACACGGCGUUCGCCACCAGCAUGAGGAGCGCUCUGUCCAGGGUGCUGUUGAGGAAAUUGGCGGAUUCUUCGACCUCGAGCCCAUCACCGUGACCGAGACCGUCUGGGAGUGCUGCACCACCAGCACCUUCUCUUUCACCCCUACCACCCAGCCCGCGACAUUCAUCGAGCUCCCGACCGAGACUCCUGAGCCUGAGCCGACAACCACCAGCACCCCCGUCGUUGAGGAGCCUGAGCCUACCUCUACUCCUACUCCUGAACCUACGCCCGAGCCCGUCCCCGAGCCUGAGACCAGCACCAGCACCAGCACCGCCGCGCCCACAUCCACCGUCAAGCCUCCUUCCUCUUCCACCGCUCCCGACCACUCUGCCUGGACAAACUUCCCCAGCAACGGCGAGUUCACCUACGAGGGCUUCGGAGGCCGCACCGAGCAGAAGAUCACCGACAACAAGUUCAUCUAUCAGGGCAACGUCGGUGUCCCAUGGGGCAGCAACAUCAUCGAAGUUAGCGCCGAGGAGGCUGCCAACUACAAGUACGUCGUCCAGUUCCACGGCAGCAAGACCGAGAAGUGGACUGUUGUGGUCUGGAACAAGAUUGGCCCCGACUUCAAGAUGACCGGAUGGUACGGAAACGCCGCCGUCUCUUUCAGCCUCGAGCCCGAGGAGAUUCGCUACGUUGCCUUUGAUGAGAACUCCCAGGGCUCCUGGGGUGCCGCCCCUGGUGACUCGCUCCCCGUUGAUGAGUACGGCGGCUACUCCUGCACCUGGGGAGAGUUCGACCUGGGCAGCGAGGUCAACGGUGGCUGGUCCGGCUGGGACGUUUCGGCAAUCCAGGCCGAAGCUGCUGGUGCGCACAUACAGGGUAUGUCCAUGUGCUCGCACGAGGGCGACAACUGCUCGAUCAUCACCACCGGCGCUGCCAAGGUCAUCGACGCCUACAUGGAGAAGGACAAGUGGGUUGAUGGCAUCGGCGGCAAGGUUGUCCCUGGUCCUGUCCGCAUCGUGACCUACCUGGACUACAACGAGUAA